AUGAGUUCAUCGAAUGGGACAUGUUUAGUUGCGCAUGCGGUUAGCUGCUCGUUAGGAAGUCAGCAGGCACAACAACAACAACGGAAACCUAAAACGAAUUUAGUAUGUGAUCAUCAUCGGUUUCAUAUCAGUGACAUUGCUUCUAAAAUGCAGGUUGCUUCUGAUUCACUGAAUGAGAUGCAGCAUGAUAAAAAUGGUAAUGCUGAUCAUAGCACUAAUCUCAUUGAUAAGUUAUCUGCACUAUCAGUUGCUGAUAACCGUCGAUCGAUAGUGAGUGAUAACCAUCAUACUAAUGCUAAUAAUGAUAACAAUAAACAAAAAAAUAAUCGCUUCGUGGAUGCGAUAUCACCGGCAGAUUUUGUCACUUUGCAAAGUUUACGAUCGAGUGCGCUCGCGAGAAAGACAAAUACAACGUCAAAAAAUAAUCGUGGUGGAGCGGUGCUUUUCACGGAUUUAAUCAACUGCUGUUCGAAGAAGGGCGAUCAGACCAAAGAAGCAACAGUCGAGAAGAUGAACGGUAAAGAGAUAUGUGCUAACACCAACACUAGAUCAUACAAACAAACCGGUGGAUGUGAAAAAUGGGGAGAUAAGGGAAAAAAGGACGGUGAUAUUUGCGCUGACAUGAGAAAGUUAUCAUUUUUGUCAGCUGUUGGUAGCGAUGAAAAGGAGACGGUUAAUGAGGAACAGCAGGAGGGUAAGUCCUUGAAAAAAAAAGAGAAGCAGAAGAAGAAUGAAACCGAGAUUGAUGAUGAUGGAGUGAGGAAAAAAAUAACUAGCAUAGGUGUUCGUAAUAGCGUUCUUGAUUCGGAUAAGGAGGCGGUGAAAGGUAAAACGAUUGCACCAGAGCAUGAUAAAGAAUCACCGGAAAGAAUCAAUAACGAAUAUGAUGCGAUUAGACUGAAAUUAAAAUCAGUACAGUGCUGUUCAGAAUGUCAACCGCAACAGUUCAAAGAACAAUGUUGUGAUGAUAUGAAGCAUGAAGAAGAGAUUCUUCUGAGUCGUGGACCAGUACGCAGUUCGAGAUUCGUUUCAAGUGCCGCAGUGGACAGCAGCAAUAGUAGUGCUGCAUACAGUCAUCAUAAUCAUCAUCAUCCGUAUACAGGCGCAAAGCACUCAUCAAACACCACCACCACAACAACAGCCUAUGGAACUGCACCGCAGACUGCAGUUGAUGACUAUUCGGUUUAUAAUGGUUAUGGGUCUGGUUAUGAAUGUGGCAAUAGUUGUUGGGCGGAUAGUCCCGAGGAGGACAAGUUCGGUGGUUACUUAUCGUCAGACGGCUCAUCACCAGCUACCAGCUGCAUUUUAUCAGUUCCUUAUGAAAACCACAGCCACUACCAGCUCAUUCAACAACAUUGCUCACCAGUACCAUUCCAGUCCUCUCAACAACAACAAAAUAAUAAAGUAAAAGCAGGCGUCAAUCAAUCUUUGGAGCAGUUUUCACAAAAACCACCAAGAAAUUCAGUGAACAAUCAACCAGUUCUAAGCACUGGUCAGGAGGAUUUGGUGAUAAACAGUGCUUUGUUAAAUGUAAAUUUGGAGUUACCUGAUGCACUCUCUGAUUUUAUAUUGAAAUAUUCACGUCGUUAUUCGGUGUCGUCAUCUCCAAAUCUAACGCAUCUCCUUAAAAACAACACUGAUAUCAAUGGUAUAAUCUGUGCCAAUGACAUCAUCCUUAUGAGCAAUAACAUUAAUAAUAAUAACGCAUUCUCAUCGUCACCAUCUCGCAAAAGUAGUGGAUCGGAAAGUUUUGAUGAAAGCAGCGGCAGCACUCCAAAGCAUUUGCAGCGGCCUCCUUCAACGGAUAGCGGUUGCGAUUCACCAAUGAGUGCGGGCUCCGCACCUCAGCAUUCGCCUGCAGCUCCUCGAGGUACAACCUUGGGUCCACCGACUCCGGAUCAGUUCCAGAGUCAGACCGGAGUGUUGUUCCAUCAUCAGUCCUUGGCACGUAAGAUGGAUAGUUGCAAGAGAACUGCAAAAGAUAAACUUAGGUCAAUGAUCAGUGACAAUGAAAUGAGUGAAGCGUGGGCUUGGACUUGUAAAUGUGUUCAGUAUUUUCCGGGUGCACUUUGUUAUCAAGACACAGACCGCGAUAGUCUUCUGCAUAUCGUUACACUUCAUACGGAUCUCGCCAAGAUCUAUGCUCUCGUCGAGCAGAUGUUAAAAACGGAAUUUCCACCGACGCAGAAACCGUUCGACAUGCCGAAUCGUUUCCACGAGACACCACUUUUUCUAGCUGUUCAAAAGCGUUGUGUGGCAAUCGUUGAAUACCUGCUGGAGGCUGGUGCAUAUCCCAAUGUACAAACACAACGACCCGAGCGAGACGCACCGUUGCAUUACGCAGCUGCGCGCGGAAUGACCGAAAUUGUCGAGACGUUAUGUGCAAAUCGAAUCACAGAUGUGAACUUGGUGAAUGGAUUAGGCUUAACACCACUUCUGUGCGCUGUUAAAAACCAUGGCGUGAUCGAGGAGGAAAGACAAACACUUCUCGAUAAUAAACCUGUCAUUAACGCACUCCUCAAAUGUGGCGCUGACCCGUUGAUUACCGAUGCAACGAAUGGCAAGACAGUCAUACAUUAUGCCGUGGAGCGCAUGGAUCCGGAUCUUAUUGAGGUGAAUAAUUAUAUUAUCCAAAAUCCGAAAGCGUAUGAUCUAUCGUGGAUAGUGGUGUUUCGACGGAAGCUGGAUGAAGAGACCAUGGCGGCAUUAGUGAACCAAGUGGAUCUUUGUCAUGAAACACCCAUUGCCACGCUUCAAAACACGACCAGUUUGUAUCAGCAAAAUACCAGUAACUCAGAGAUCCGUUCGACCAUCUUCUUCAGUUUGAUUACUUGUGGAGCAGUCGUCAACAAUAAUGAUAGCAGAAUUGGAAUGAAUGUUAAUGCCGGUCAUAAUGGUAAUGAUUCUGGUAAUAAUCAGCAACAACAAAGUUCAUUUCAAUGA